AUGGGAACUUGUUAAACUUCUAGAUAAAGAAGACUAAGCAUGAUUUGGAAGAUAAAUGAAAGACAUUCAUCUUAAAAGUUGGAUUUCACUUGUUAACGGUUGUCACUAUAUUUAGAAUUGGUUGGAGAUACUCAUUCCUUAGGUGGAUAUUUAUAAGAUAAAAUUCAAACUUUAUUUUAAAUUAAACAAAAACUAUAUGAAGUUAAAAGUUAAUUAUCCAAAAUUAAAUUAUUACAUGAAGCAUCUGAAAUUAUAGAAUACUUAUACAAUGAUAAACACUUUAGUUAAGCAUUCCCUAUUUUAAGGGAAAGUCUCUUUGAAAUCACUUAAAUGACUUUUGUCACAGAGUGA